AAUCAUUUGAACAAAGGCACUCAAGGUCGUGGGGGUGGGUUCGAUUCCGUCUGGAUUUUAUUGUCAACGAUGGGUCACGUUCUGGCAACGUAUAAGGACCCAAAAUCUAUGCCGGAUAUUUUCAAAGGCCCUGUCUUUGAUCCGGUUGACGGUUUUCCUGAGGGCCGCAAGCGUCGAGAGUUCAUAUUGACUAACGAAGAAAUGAUAGCUGCAAGACUAAAACCUUACGAACGAGAUUACUGCGCUCACCUUUUGCUAGCUUUCAGGAAAUGCUUAGAUGAACAUGCGAUACCAGCUUUUUUCUGUUCCGAUCAGAAACAUAAAUAUCUUCAUUGUAAAGAAAAUGACCAGUUGUAUAGAAUGAAGGAAUACGAACGCGAACGCCGUCUUUUACACAAGCGUACAUCGAUUUCAGAAUGAUGCAUAAUAACCAGGAUAUCGUAUUGUAAAAUAAUCUCGAACAAAACGAACGAAUACAGACAAUUAUGCCUAAAAGUUUGUUUCAUCUUGCUAAUAGCUGCAUAAUAAACAUUUAGAAAGAAGAUGUUCUUCAAAUUAUUUGUAGUUUAUACUCUAUGGCGUUUACUUUUUUGGUUUGCAAAUAUAUACUUCUCAACUAGCU